AUGAUUAGAAGAUGUACCCCGCAGCUUAAUGGUGCUGCAAUUCGACUUUUUUCAUCAACCGUCACAAACAAAAAAUCUACUCGGCUACCAUCGUUUGCUGAAAUUAAAGCAAUUCAGUUGGAUAAGUACAUUGAUGAAAUUAAAAAAAACUCCACGUUGGCAAAGCUUCAAGAAGACGCCACUGACCUUAACCAAGGUAACAUCAAAGUACCCCAAUUGGUAAAGUCAUUUCUUUACGGAUCACCUGAGACAAAGAAAGAAGCUAAAGAUUUGGAAACGUCUUUCUCUAAGACCUUGAUGCGAGGGAAAUAUGUCCAUGAGAUUGUCACACAUAAAGUUGUCCCAGGGAAAGCUUUGGAGUACCUUGAUUUAAUAUCAGAAGUUUAUCCGCUUAUUGCCGGUGAUCCAGCUAAUGAAGUAAAUCUUGUUGGGUCUUGGAGAACACUAGUUGGAGAUAUGGAUACAUAUAUUCAUAUUUGGGAGUACAAGGGAUACCCAGGCUUUCAUCACACACAAAACAAGGUUCACGAAACUCCCAAGUACCUAGAGUACCUUAAAGAAUUGCGCCCACUUCUUCGGUCCAGAGAGUCUGACUUGAUGCAAGAGUUCAACUUUUGGGGUGGAACAGCUCAGCCCCACGAGUAUGGAGGCAUUUUUGAGCUGCGAACUUAUGACUUGUACUCUGGUAAGCUUCUUGAAUGGGAACAGCACUGGCGCAAGGGCCUUGAGUUUCGCAAACAGGUAAUGGAACCUGUUGGUGCCUGGUUUACUCAUCUCGGCAGAUUGAACCGUGUUCACCAUCUUUGGCAAUUUGCUGAUCUAGAACACCGCAAGAUUAGUAGACAAAAGAGCUGGGAGAUUCCAGGUUGGGCUGAUACAGUUCACGAAACGGUUAAACUUAUUGAUAAGCAAAGAUCUAACAUUCUUGUUCCCCUUAAGUUCAGUCCUUUGAAGAAACGUGGCGGAAAGCCCUUAAAAGAAGGGAAAGAAGAUCCGACAACCGCUUCAAAUGCAAAAUCUAUUGCCCAGAUCUUUAUAUCUUCACCAUGGCCAAUGAUUCUUGCGUUGAUUUUUGGCGGCUGCUGCUCAAAUGUGUUUACUUUAGAGGCCCUAGUUUCUGAGCAAAAGGAUUCCGGGCAUCUUCUCACAGCAACUCAGUUUUUGUUUGUAGCCAUUGAAGGUUUGGUUCACUUUUUUGACCCUACACAACCAGCAAACCUGUUUUUGGCUCCACGUAAAGUUCCACUAGUCAAGUGGCUUUUGCCUGUGUCACUCUUCUUUACAGUCUCUCUGCUAAACAACUAUGUUUGGGUUUACCACAUUUCGGUUCCUGUUCACAUCAUCUUCAGAUCUGGUGGAACCCUGACCACAAUGGUUGCCGGUAUGAUUGUGGGCAAAAAGUAUACACCUUAUCAGAUUCUUUCUGUAGUUGUUCUUACGGCUGGUGUCAUUAUCGCGACACUGGCAAGUAGUCCAGGGGGGGAUAAUAGCAAAGAAAAAGAUACCACAGGUACUCCCUUACAGUUUGCGAUUGGCGUCAGCAUUCUGGCGGUUGCCGCCAUUUGCAGCUCGAUCCAAGGAUUGAUUGCCGAGAAGAUUUACAAGCAGUACGGCAAACACUGGCGAGAAAGUUUAUUUUACACUCAUGCACUUGGACUACCCUUUUUCUUUUUCUUCCGCAAGGACAUUAUUCGACAACUGGGGCUGGUUCUGUCGUCGGAGCCAAUGAAUCUGCAGACACCCCUGGAGCGAUAUAUCCCAGCGCUGGAAUCGCUGAGUACGAGCGCACCAAAAUUUUCUAUGCUGCUGACUCCACCUCGCAGGCUGGUUCUUCUACUGGCAAACGCGUUCACACAGUAUAUUUGCGUGCGUGGUGUCAACAAUCUUGCGGGGAACUCGACGGCUUUAACGGUCACUAUUGUACUCAACGUGCGCAAGUUUGUUUCGCUGCUGUUGUCUAUUUAUCUUUUUGGAAACUCGCUCUCUAUAUUAACGAUGCUUGGAACAGUACUUGUAUUUGCAGGAGCAGGAAUGUAUUCCUAUAGCAGCAGUAUUUCAACGAAGUCAAAGACAGCUUAA